ACGGGUAACAGGAAAAGGAGGAGAGGCCUGUUUGCUGUUUGCUUGGCCGUCCCUCCUCCACACUGUCUCCACUAGCUCCUCACCCCCUCGCUGCCCUCCUGUCCCUCUGGGCUGCCGGGGCGCCACGACUACUGUCCCCAAUCCGCCUCGCCACUCGGGUCCAAGGGCGGCGGCAUAACUCCCGGCUCGGGCACCAUCUCACCGCCGGCCGGAGGCGUAUUUAAAGCCCGGCACUGCGGGAGGAGGCAGACUCCUGCCCCGCGCUGCCAGGCCCGGCGGAGCCCGCAGACAUGACCCGAGCCGCAGAGCGAGGCCGCGGGACAGCAGGCUGCGGGCUGCGCGGCGCCCUGGCGGCACUGGCGGUGCUGGCGGUGCUGAACGCCGCGGGCACGGUGUUCGCGCUGUGCCAGUGGCGUGGGCUUAGCGCGGCGCUGAGGGCGCUGGAAGCGCAGUGCGGCCGGGAGCAGCGCGAGGACGGCGCCCUACGCGCCUUUCUGGCCGAGUUGAGCCGCGCGCCACGCCGAGCGGCCGUGCCACCUCCGGACCCCGCGAGCGCCGCGCGCAACAAGCGCAGCCACGGCGGAGAGCCAACGCCGCACAUCCGCGCGGAGAGCCAGGAUAUGCUGAUGAUGAUGACCUACUCCAUGGUGCCGAUCCGAGUGAUGGUGGACCUGUGCAACAGCACCAAAGGCAUCUGCCUGACAGGACCACCAGGCCCACCAGGACCCCCAGGCGUUGGUGGUUUACCAGGACACAAUGGAUCAGAUGGACAGCAUGGUCCCCAGGGUCCAAAAGGCGACAAAGGAGCAAAUGGAAAGAGAGGAAAAAUGGGGUUACCCGGAGCCACAGGAAAUCCAGGGGAAAAGGGAGAAAAAGGGGACCCUGGUGAACUGGGUUCACCUGGAAAUGAGGGCCCACCAGGGCAGAAGGGUGAAAAGGGAGACAAAGGAGAAGUGUCCAACGACGUGCUGCUGACAGGUGCCAAAGGUGACCAAGGCCUCCCUGGACCCCCAGGUCCCCCAGGCCCUCCAGGCCCUCCAGGGCCCCCUGGAAGCAGAAGAUCCAAAGGCCCUCGGCAGCCAAACAUGUUCAACGGCCAGUGCCCAGGUGAGACGUGUGUCAUACCAAAUGAUGAUACCUUGGUGGGGAAAGUCGAUGAAAAGGUUAAUGAGCAUCAUUCCCCACAACCAGAAUCCAUGAUCACUUCCAUUGGAAAUCCAACCCAAGUGCUAAAAGUUAGAGAGACUUUUGGGACUUGGAUAAGAGAGUCUGCUAACAAGAGUGAUGAGCGUGUUUGGGUGACUGAACAUUUUUCAGGCAUCAUGGUGAAGGAAUUCAAAGACCAGCUGGCGCUUCUCAAUGGCAGUUACACCUUCAUCCACCUCCCACAUUACUUCCAUGGCUGUGGGCAUGCUGUUUACAACAACUCUCUCUACUACCACAAAGGGGGCUCCAACACUAUAGUGAGAUUUGAAUUCAGCAAAGAAACGUCUCAAACUCUGAAACUUGAAAAUGCUUUGUAUUUUGAUCGAAAAUACCUUUUUGCAAAUUCUAAGACUUAUUUCAACCUGGCUGUGGAUGAGAAAGGCCUUUGGAUUAUCUAUGCUUCAAGUGUGGACGGCUCAAGCAUUCUCGUAGCACAGUUGGAUGAAAGGACAUUCUCGGUGUUGCAGCACAUCAAUACCACGUACCCCAAAUCCAAGGCUGGCAAUGCCUUCGUAGCUCGAGGAGUCCUUUAUGUCACAGACACCAAAGACAUGAGGAUCACAUUUGCCUUUGACUUGUUAGGAGGAAAACAGAUCAGUGCAAACUUCGAUUUAAGAACAUCCCAGUCUGUUCUUGCCAUGUUAUCAUACAACAUGAGAGAUCAGCAUCUAUAUUCAUGGGAAGAUGGCCAUUUGAUGCUUUAUCCUGUGCAGUUUUUGUCAGCGACAUUAAGCCACUGACAUGCUACCAUCUGUCCCUUCGGUACAUUCCACAUGUUUCUGGGGCCAGUUCUAGCCCAACAGAAAGCCUGUCUGUAAGGAUAUCCAGGUACUUAAAGCAUGAUGCCAUGCCUUGAGAAUUUGUAUGGUCAGCAACCCCCCUUUUGUUUGUUUGAGACAGGGUCUCAUUGUGCAGCCCAGGCUGUCCUUGAUCUCACAGAGAUCCUCCUGCCUCUGCCUCCCAAGUACUGGGAUUAAAGGUGUGUGCCACCAAGUUUGGACGGCAAGUCUCAUUUAAAACCAGAUUGCUUAGUUAAAUAGCUACAUAUUGGAAGUGGAAAUGGCUGUGAUUUUGUGAUUCCUGCAAGUUAGCUCUCCUGCUUGGGCUUGAGUUUUUCCAUUGGUAAUAUGAAACAGCUGAGUAUGAUUGAUAAAAUUUCUUCUACCUGCAGGAAAUUCUGUGAUUCUUGGCUGUUACCCUUCUUAGAAAUUAUAUAUGCUAUAUCUCUGGUCUAUUUUCUAUUCCUACAUGUUAAAUUUACCUGUGGCUUGAGCAGUGUAUUUAUCAGUAAUGGCUUACAUUUGGUGUCUUGGAAGAGGCACUGGCCCUUUAAGGUUUCUACAGUACCAUGCUGUCCAUAAUUCCUCACUUUUCUCUGAAUGUGUAUCUGCUACCCCAGAAUGGUUAUUUUAAUAUUAUCAGGUCCUAAUUACAAAUCCAAAAUUAGUAAAAGCCAUGCAGGCUCAGGUCAUCAAGUGAAACUACAUCAGGCCCUUCCAGGUGCCUGUCAAUUUCUGAUUAUGUCGAUUUGCUGCUGGGGAUCACGAACACAGAAUCCUUAGCCCAUUGGACUGCAUCUACCAUUGCUAUGGGUUUGCAAUCAGAGUAUCAAAUGCUAGGUGGGUAUUAAUCUGGCUAGAACCAGGAAAUCUUUGCAGUUUUCAGAAGAGAGGCAACAUUUGUGGUUAUUUUCUAGAAUAAGAGAGGACAAACUGUGGCUCAAAGCCAAAACACAUCUUCUGUAUCUGUCAGUGAAGUUUUGUUGGGGCAGUCAUAUUCAUGGCUUAUGAAUUACGUUACAGAUCUUGACAACACUAAAAUCAGCUGCAAAAGACUAUAAGGGCUCUGUAAAUCCUGAAACAUUAUAUCUGGCCCUAGACAGGAAAAAAAAAAUGCUGACCUUUGAUCUAGGACACAAAGUGAGCCUGAUUCUGGGAAGGGCUUAUUCCUCAGGUCCUGUUUGGCUUUUGUUCAGAUUGAGAACAUUUAGCGUGGCUUACAUUUUGGCAAAGAAGAAAGCUAAGAACAGCGUCAAGCUGAGUGUGGUGGUGUACACCUUUAUCCUAGCACUCUGGAGGCAGAGGCAGACGAAUCUCUAUGAGUUCAAGGCCAGCCUGGUCUACAUAGUGAGUUCCAGGAAAGCUGGGGCUACAGGGAGACCCUUUCUCAAAAAGAAAGAAAGAAAGAAAGAAAAAAAAAGAACAGCAUCAAAUGAAGUAUUGAAUGAAGAGUUGAUCUCUCCCAAACAUAGUUCUCAAGGAUGGAUCUGGUCCUUUUGGCUACCAGGAAACUAAUUUAGUUUCACAAGCUCCUAAAUGCUCAUAAACGUGCAUAUUUUCUGCCAACUUCUACAGCCUAGAACUAAGUUCAAGCAGGCCAGUACAGUACAGAGGGAGCUGGGAAAUUCACCACCCCCUGCAGACAAGAAGAGGAACUAGGGAAACUCACUGAAGACUGGCCAGCAACUUGCCCCAGUGUCCCGGUUUAUCUUUUUUAAUAGAAGCAUUUUAAAACUUAGGGGGUGGGCAAAUUUAACUCUUUAAUCUCCCCAUCCCCUGAAAAUUCCCAGGCAGCUAUUAGUGAUAUACUUGUUGUUGCUAAGCUUUCAAGGUAAGGAUUCUGAAACUUUUCCACUUUUCAAUUAGAUUGGUUGUGUCAGGUCAUCACAACUUUCAAAAAUAUUUUCUCAGAUUCAUUUGCUGUAAUGAGGAGUCUCAUGUUUGAUCAGUGUGUCUAAUGAAUGCUAGUGUCCUUUUAAAAUAUUUAAAUAAGUCACUGGCUCUGAGUACAGUAAACCCAGACAUGAACAUAAUUUUCCAAUAACACUA